UUAACUGGCAACGCUGUCGGCCGGUAAAACGCCACAUCAGUUUUUCGCAUUAAAUUGAAUUAACAAAUAAAAAAAGGUGGAUCGCGAUUGAAAAGUGUAUUGUGCUGAUUUUAAAAUACAACAGUAUUGUGCAUGCGACAUGUGCACGUAACAAACGAAAGCAUACUUUAACGCAUAGCAGCCAUAAUAAUGUUACGUCUUGUUAGUUUUUUGCUGGUCGCUUUCGCAGCACCUGCCUCAGUCCUCCUGCCGCAAGUGGCUGCAGAGUCCAGUCAAAGCUUCCCAAUUACCACGCUUAUUAACGCGAAAUGGACACAAACGCCAUUAUAUUUGGAAAUCGCCGAGUAUCUGGCCGAUGAACAGGCCGGUCUGUUCUGGGACUACGUAAAAGCAGCGUCAGCAUUGGACACGGCGUUCAACGAUUAUGAUACGGAAUCGCAACAGUAUAAUGCUGCGUUGCAAGUGGUACGCUCGCACAUGAGCGUGCCCCAACUGCCGCUACUGAAGCUGGUCGUAUCCAUGCAUAGUCUGACGCCACGCAUCCAAACACAUUUCCAGCUAGCCGACGAACUGCGUGCAGCAGGCGCCUGUGAUAACGCCAUCUUCGCUCAGGUUGGCACCGAACUCGCCUGCAGCUAUACGCAGUUGGAGCAGAAACUGAAGCUUUCACAGACUGCGAGCAGUCUGGAUGCGGACGUGGGCAGCUAUAGCUUCGAUCACAUCUAUCCGGGCAGUGAGAACAAUACGCGCACAGUGGUGCUCUAUGCUGAUCUGGGCAGUGCCGCUUUUCGACCAUAUCACAAGCUGCUGGAGAAUGCUGCAAAUGCAGGCAAAGUGCGCUACAUUCUGCGCCACCAGCUGGCCAAACGCAGUGACCGCCCUGUCCGAUUGUCGGGUUAUGGCGUGGAGUUGCAUUUGAAGUCCACUGAGUACAAGAGCCAGGAUGAUGCACCCAAGCCUGAGGCUGGCGCUGGCGGUGGAUCUGCGGCCGACGAAUUGGCCAAUGAAACUGAUGUUCAAGGAUUUGACUUCAAGGUGCUGAAGGCCAAGCAUCCCACACUGAAAAGCGCGUUGGAUCAACUGCGACAACGACUGCUGCAGGGCAACGAUGAGAUUGCCCAGUUGAAGGCCUGGGAAUUCCAGGACUUGGGACUGCAGGCCGCUGCUGCUGUCGCUGAAAUACAGGGCGAUGAAGCGCUGCAGAUUCUGCAAUACACUGCACACAAUUUCCCAAUGCUGGCACGGACGUUGCUCGCCCAUAAGGUGAGCGAUGAGAUGCGCGCGGAGAUUAAGCACAACACGGAUUCGUUGGGUCGCAGCUUAAAUGUGGCGCCACCAGAUGGUGCUCUGUUUAUCAACGGACUGUUUUUCGAUGCGGACACUAUGGACUUGUAUUCGCUGGUGGAAACGCUACGCUCCGAGAUGCGUGUGCUGGAGAGUCUGCAUGGCAACAAUGUGCAUGGCAAUUUGGCCAGCGCCUUGCUCGCUUUGGAUUUGAAUAGCGCCAGCAAGCGAGAGUUUGCUAUUGACAUUCGUGAUACAUCGGUACAGUGGAUAAACGAUAUUGAGCAAGAUGCUCAGUACAAACGUUGGCCACCAUCCGUCAUGGAUCUGUUACGUCCCACCUUCCCCGGCAUGUUGCGCAACAUUCGCAAGAAUGUUUUCAACUUGGUGUUGGUUGUGGAUCCACUGCAACCUGAAGCACGCAGCGUCAUUAAGCUGGCCGAAUCCUUUGUCAUACACCAGGCGCCUAUACGAUUGGGUUUGGUCUUUGACGCCAGAGCCUCCGACGAUGAAACUGUUGAGGAUUAUGUGGCCAUUGCAUGUGCAUUCAACUAUGUGAGCCAGCAGAAGGAUGCACGUGCUGCACUCAGUUUCCUGACCGACAUUUAUGCCGCUGUCGGUGAAACGUCGCCCGUCAACAAGGCGCACAUUGUCAAACAGCUGACCAAGGAGUUUAGCUCGCUGAGCAGCAGCAAGGCCAAGGACAUACUCGGCGAGGAUUCCGAUUACGAUUAUGGCAGGCAGUUGGCAGCCGAGUUUGUGCAACGCUUGGGCUUCGGUGCCGUGCGCCAGCCGCAGGCGCUGCUCAAUGGUGCUCCCAUGCCCAGCAACAUUAUCAGUGCCGACAGUGAUUUCGAAGAGGCUAUCUUCACCGAGAUUAUGAGCCAGACCACAACGCUGCAGAAGGCGGUGUAUCGUGGCGAACUAACCGACAACGAUGAGAUGAUCAAUUACCUGAUGAAUCAACCACAUGUGAUGCCGCGUCUCAAUCAGCGCAUUCUCAGCCAAGAGGAUGCCAAGUAUUUAGACAUUAACGGAGUCGCCUCCAAGCAGCUGGGCAAUGCAGCUGCUUUGAAUAAGCUCUCUAACAGGGAUAUGACAGCCACGUUGAUGGCGAAUCUGAAAUACUUUGGUGGCAAGAAGAGCAACGAACGCAUUGGCAGCGCCAAUCUGCAGUUCUUGACCAUCUGGGUGUUUGCCGAUCUGGACACGACCGAGGGACGCGAACUGUUGACACAUGCCUUAGACUAUGUGCAGAGCAGCCAAAGCGUGCGAUUGGCCUUUAUACCAAACACGGAGGGAUCAAGUAAUAAGCGCAGUUUGAAUCGUUUGGCUUGGGCGGCUAUGCAGACGCUGGAGCCGGCGAAGGCAACGGAUCAGGUGCUCAAGUGGCUGCGACAGCAGGCGAAACGCAUUGAGGACAUUCCCAAGCAGCUGGAGGACAUCUUGGGCAGCACUGAAUUGCAUUUGAAAAUGCUGCGCGUCUAUUCGCAGCGCGUAUUGGGUUUGGCCAAGUCCCAGCGUCUGGUUAUUGGUAAUGGACGACUCUAUGGUCCACUUGGUCCUUCAGAGAGCUUCGAUAGCGCGGACUUUGCGCUGUUGGCGCGUUACAGCGAUCUGCAGUAUGGCGAUAAGGUGCGCGAGGUGCUGAAGCAAUCGUCGAAUGAAGUGCACGAGAAUUUCAACAGCGAUACUUUGCUUAAGCUUUAUGCUAGUCUAUUGCCCCGUCAGACAAAGACACGCUUUAAGCUGCCCACGGAUCUGCGUCGUGAACACUCUGUGGUGAAUUUGCCCGCCAAGGAGCAGCAGCUGCCGCACUUUGACAUUGCUGCUGUGCUUGAUCCCGCGUCGAGAGCAGCACAGAAGCUGACACCCAUUUUGAUCUUGCUGCGUCAAACUCUCAACUGCCAGUUGCAAUUGUUCUUGACGCCGGUGGCACAACACAGCGACAUGCCAGUGAAGAACUUCUAUCGCUAUGUCGUGGAGCCAGAAGUGCAGUUCGAGACGAAUGGAGCACGUGCCGAGGGACCGCAGGCCAAGUUCAGCGGCUUGCCUGCCAAUCCACUGCUCACACAACAGCUGCAAGUGCCGGAGAAUUGGCUUGUGGAGGCGGUGCAUGCUGUCUACGAUCUGGAUAACAUUAAGCUGCGUGACAUCGGCGGACCUGUGCACAGCGAAUUUGGCUUGGAGUAUCUGUUGCUCGAGGGACAUUGUUUCGAUGCGGCCAGCGGUGCACCACCCAGAGGAUUGCAGUUGGUGCUCGGCACUAAGGCGCAGCCCACGCUGGUGGACACCAUUGUGAUGGCGAAUCUGGGCUACUUCCAGCUCAAGGCUAAUCCGGGUGCAUGGACUUUGCGUCUGCGCGAGGGUAAAUCCACAGACAUCUAUGCCAUCAGCCAUGCCGAGGGACCCAAUACAUUGCAUCAACAGCAGACGGGAGCCGUCCAGGUGCUCAUUACAUCGCUGCGUUCGCAUGUGACCAAGUUGCGCGUGUCCAAGCGUCCGGGCAUGCAACACGCUGAGCUGUUGUCCGAUGAUACAGCACCAGCACAGACGGGCAUUUGGAACAGCAUUGCGAAUAGCUUUGGCGGCAGCAGUGGAGCCACUGGCACCGAUGAGGAUGUGGAGACCAUUAACAUUUUCUCGGUGGCUUCUGGACAUCUGUACGAGCGUCUGCUGCGUAUUAUGAUGGUGUCGCUGCUGAAGCACACCAAGUCGCCGGUGAAAUUCUGGUUCCUCAAGAACUAUUUGUCGCCGCAGUUCACCGACUUCUUGCCGCACAUGGCCAAGGAGUACAACUUCCAGUACGAGUUGGUGCAAUACAAGUGGCCACGUUGGCUGCACCAGCAGACAGAGAAGCAGCGUACCAUCUGGGGCUAUAAGAUUCUCUUCUUGGACGUGCUCUUCCCGCUCAAUGUGCGCAAGAUUAUCUUUGUGGAUGCCGAUGCCAUUGUGCGCACUGACAUUAAGGAGCUGUACGACUUGGAUUUGGGCGGUGCUCCAUAUGCGUACACGCCAUUCUGUGAUUCACGCAAGGAGAUGGAAGGAUUCCGCUUCUGGAAGCAGGGCUACUGGCGCAGUCAUCUGAUGGGCAGACGCUAUCACAUCUCUGCCUUGUAUGUGGUGGACUUGAAGCGAUUCCGCAAGAUUGCCGCCGGCGAUCGAUUACGUGGUCAGUACCAGGCACUCAGUCAGGAUCCGAAUAGUUUAUCGAAUUUAGAUCAGGAUCUGCCCAACAAUAUGAUACAUCAGGUGGCCAUCAAGUCGCUGCCGGAUGAGUGGCUGUGGUGUCAGACCUGGUGUAGCGACAGCUCGUUCAAGAGCGCUAAGGUUAUCGAUUUGUGCAACAAUCCACAGACCAAGGAGGCCAAAUUGACAGCGGCGCAGCGGAUUGUGCCCGAAUGGAAGGAUUACGAUGCCGAGCUCAAGGCGUUGCUCGCCCGCAUCGAGGAUCAUGAGAAUCACAGCGGCAGCCCCAAUGAGCAGGUGGUCGUCACCACGGAACCGCCAGAGCCGGAGCAUGUGCAUGGCGAGCUGUGAUUGUGUCACUUCAUUAGUAAAUAUUAAGUCUAAUGUCCUUUAUACUUAGCAAGCGAAAAAGAAUCAUGCAACCAAACGAAAAUAAAAUUAGACAUUUUAAUUAGUAACUAAUUAAAAGGGCCGCGGAGCUCCCAAGUCUGAAUUAAUUUUGCAUUCCAAGAGCCUCUCGCCAAGAUUUGAACUAAGCUGAAAUUAAUACAAUAAAUGCAAAGCACUGAAUGCAACCCAAUUCAAAUGUUUUAUCGACUGUCUUAAGUAAUGCAUUGUCAUAUGCAAACAGCGGAGUGGUGGGGCGCUCGACAAUAGGUGGUGCCAAAGAGGUUUCUCUUCCCCAAAGAGGUUAUGUGGAACAGUUUCUAAAAUGCGCAUAUUUUUCGUAUGAAAAUAUCUAUGUGAAUAUCAACAGCCAAUAUCCCUUUGUUUUCUUUCAACAUUUAAUACCUAUAAAAGGAUGUUAAUACUGACAUUAGACUAAAAAUAUAAAUCUGAAAUACAGAGAAUAGAAAUUCUUAAUCAGCAAUAUAUUGUCAGCAACAAUAACGAAAUGGAAAAAAUUUGCAUGCACCCGCAUAUAUUGCUCAAUUUUUCGCAGUCUGGCAACUCCAUUUUGAAUUUGAAUAAAAGGCUUAACAUUUUUUGUUUGUUUUAUUUUAUUUUAAAAUUAUAAUAUGAAUUCAUUGCAUAAAUUCACGUACUUUUUUUAUCUACGUAAAGAAAAUAGUAUUUUUUGUUGUAAUAUUAUUAUACGUUUGGGUUUAUUAUUAUUAUAAGGUUUAGAGCGUAAUUUUGAAUUGAGUGGCCGACUCGGGAUUUUGUUUUUAUGUUUCUAUUAAUUUUAAGGCAGACAAUGAAGUCCAAGUAGUAUGUUUUACUCUGGCAAUUUGGUUUCCAUUUUUAGUUUAGGGAAUUCAUUGUAAAUAUGUUUACGUUUUAAAGCGUGUAUGUUAAGUUACCUAACGUAGUAUUUUGUAUUUGAUCUUCCCAUUAUUUAAUUUAGCAUAGUACAAGUAUCUAACU